ACACCCAGUCCAGCUGGUCCCUCCAUUGCUCUGCAGUCGGCGCAUUGUACAGACAAUGCAUGGCAGUGGACUGAAACAGUCCAUUGCGCGAAUUUGAUGACAAUGGCCACAACGCUGUCCAGUCUGGAAGGAUGAUUUCUCAUACCCGCCAUAUCACCCAGCCCUAGUUGGAGUGGAAGAUCUUGGGUAGCCUGCUGUGGACCUCUGGCUUUAAUGCAUUUGAACAUCUUUGGGAUGAAUUGGAAUGCUGACUGCAACCCAGGCCUCCUCACCCUACAUCAGAAAUCUACAAGAAUUGGCAUAAUUGAGUAUACAAGGCUCAUUACUGCCUCCCUCUGGCAUCCCACAAUGCUUGGGCUACAGGAGACAAGACUGGCUGGGACUUCCUCCACAAAAUCCUACAGCUGUGUGGCAUGCUCAGCCACAUUUCAUGGUUUAGCAUCUCUCUUGGUACAUCAAGCCUCUCACGCCAAUGAAGUUUCUAGUCCACUAGGGGCUACAUCACCUGUUUGCAGUCAAUGUGGUGGAUUAUUUGCAAGCGAAGAACUUCUUGAAAAGCACCAGUGCAUGCUAUUACCCGCUCCUGUAACUCAAGAUUCACACACACAUCAAAGUGAGAAAGGGUUUCAGGAAAUAGGUGCUGUUUGUGAGCAUAGUAAGGCAGAUGAACAAAAACCUUCAUCAGAGUUGGACCAUAAUGCUACUGUAAAAAUCGAAGUCAUGACAGACGGUAGUCACUCGGAUCCUUUUUUUCCUUCUGAGAGCUGUUCCCAUGAUAUUAAAGAGGCACUUGAACAGAACACACGGACACUUUCCAAAGCUGAGGAAAUCGAUUGUAUAUCUACGUGUAAUGUGGAUACUAUGCAGCAUCCCAUCUCACAAGACUAUAACGAUGGGUCACUACCAACACACCCGUCCAGUCCCAUGAGUUCCACAGAAGCACAAAGUGGAUCCUUUAAAAAUGAAUCUAUACUUGUAGAAAAUGAUAAUGUGAACAAUUCUGACAGUGGGGAGUCUCCAGACCAAUCAACAGUAAAAGAUAAGAACGUUUCACUUCUUAAAAUGAUUGCCAAGACCUAUAUGGGCUGUAGACCUCCAGCACAAAGCAAGAGGGCUCUGCCACCCCGAAAAGUGUCACCUAGGGCACCUAUACAAGUUCCAGCAUCAAACACUGAGUGUGCUGGUAAUCAGUUAAGACAAAAGGAUGAAAAAUGCACCCCCAAUCAAGAAGACAAGACCUUUUCACAAAAAAACUGUGUUGUAACUAUGACCAAGCCUUUAUGUCCUGUGGUGGCACUUGAGACUCGUCAAAAGCUUUGUGGGGACAAUGUUGACGGUAGAUUUCAGUGCGGGGUCUGUCGCCGGGUUUUUCAAAAUAAGGACAGCUUAAUAAUGCAUCAUGUCUUGCAUAAGAAGGAAAGAGUCAAAUUUUGUCGUCGUUGUCAACAAUUUAUCAUCAGUGUAAUUCCUGUCCCGGAUAACCAUAUCUGUUCUGGUAAUGCUGGGACCGCCAACUCUUUCCUCACAUUAAUGUAUCCGCAAAAACUGUUUCGUUGUCAUCUGUGUAAUCGGAGCUAUACAAGGCGCCAUAGGUUAAAAACGCAUAAAUGUAUGUGGAAAGCUGCUUUAGCCAAAAAAGAUGGCGUAAGCUGCAAUACUGGAGAGAGGUCUAAUGCAAGAGAACAACUUUUGUCAGUGAAGAAGCCAUCAAACUUUGCAAAUGUUGCUGUAAACACUAUAGCCAGUACCCCUUUAAAGAUUGAAGAGAGCGACGAAUCAUCAAAUUCUCUUAAGUCUAAAUUUGUUUUGGUGCAGUCAAAAGAGAAUGUUAAUGAAAUGUUGAAAACCGACAAUUCCAGUAACUCUUCAACCUCUGAAGCUGCUGGUAGGGCAGGGAGCAACACAAAAGAAAAUGAAUCAUUAGAAGGAGGCCAAUGGACUGUACCACUGGAUGAUGCUGAGAUUGACAUAUUGACUGAUGAAGAAAGUUGCAGUAAUUUGGACUUGUCCCCCAAGGAAAACACUGAUGAUGAGGUUAUCAUUUUAGAGCCGUCUGCUAAUUGUGGAACAACAAAUUCAACACAUUUAAUCAGUAAAGACUUUCAGGUGCAUGUUUCUGAUGGUGGAAUAAGGCGCUUUUCCUGUAACAGAUGUCAGAAAAGCUAUUCUAGGCGUUUUACACUAAAUCAGCACCUCGCGAUUUGUAGAUCAAGAAAAGUAACCGAGCCGAAUUCCUUUGGAAAGGUGUCAACUAAUAUCCAUGGGGUGAAGAAAAAGUUUCCAUGUCCCCAUUGUGGCUCCUCAUUUACUCGCAAAGAUAAUAUGAAUAUGCACAGGAAGAGGUGCCAAUCCACAAGGCAUCCAAACACUUUGCAGGGAAAUAGAAUGUUGGACAAGCGAAAUCAAGCGGCACAGGAAAACAUAUUUGUGUUGCCCCCAGUUUCAAAGAGUCAAGUAAGACAGGAGGGAAGUAGUAGUGCUGGAGGUGGAAACUGGGGCAUUAUGUCAUUACCAUCCGUGCUUCCCAGAAAAGUGACUUGCGAGUGCAGUGCUAGUUUUACUUGCCCUCGUCUUUUGUUUGAACAUCUACAAAUACAUGCGAUGGAAUCUUACAUUUGUUCCCAAUGUGGUGAGAAUUUGCAGUCUUGGGCUGAAUUUGAAGCACAUCAGCAAUUACAUCAGCCUUGCUCACAACCGAAAGUUGAGGACAAAGGGUCACAGCAGCAAUCACUUGUGCAGCUACAACAAGAGCCAAAUAUUCAGACAUCUGUGCAAAAUCCAAAAAAGGAGCCUCAAAAUCUGUUUAAAACCCGAUUCAAUCACAGACCCUUCACAGGGCCAUAUGUUUGCCACAGAUGUAGGAAGAUCUUUAGAUUACGCAAGUCUUUGCUAAGGCACCUCUCACGGAGUUGCAAGGGGGAUUCCACAGCUGAAAACAAACACUCUUGUUCCCGCUGUGGCAUGACUUUCCAAAACUCUUUAGCUCUUGAUCUCCACAUGCGUGGUAACACUUGUACCCCUGCUUUCAAACCUCUUUGUUGCCCAGUCUGUAAGCGCUGGUUCAGCAGCCUUGAAGGACUUAAGAGACACUUGUUGUCACACAGCCAAGGAGAAAGUUUGACAUGUCAGAUUUGUGGUUGCAAAUUUUCAAGCCAUGCCGCACUCGAGGAGCAUAAGCGGAACGUUCAUAACACAAGCAAGGAUUCUGAGUCACCUACUGUUCAGUCAGCACACAUUUCACAAAGCAGCUCGUCCGAUGCCUUUCGCUGCCAGAUAUGUCAACGCAGUUACCCAAAACUCCAAUCCCUGAAAGACCAUCUAAGGAAGGUUCAUAGACCAAAACCUGGCACUUUUGCACCCAUGGAAUUGUCAAAAGAAAUUGUACAACCAAGCCAGAUCAAGCAGUUCCAGUGUCAAUUUUGUGCUCGCAUCUUCCCAGAUAUUCAGACCCUGAGAAAUCACAGGAGGAGGGUCCAUCGUCCUGUAGGAGCUGGACUACCGCCUUCAAGAGGAAACCUACAGCAAAGUCAUUCCAAUCCAUUUCAGUGUCAAAUCUGUUCACGCACCUAUCCUGACAUAAGGUCAUUGAGAAACCACAGGAGGCGGGUUCAUCGCAUCCUGGGCGGUCUUGGUCUUGGUCUUGAAAUACACAAAGGUUUUACGCAUCAACAUCAGAGAAGUCUUUUUAAAUGCCAGAUUUGCAAUCUCGGUUAUCCAGACCUGGGUGCGUUAAAUAAUCACAAAAGGAGGGAACACUUUAUUUUAAAGGAUGUACCUGAGUCAUUAAAAAUGGAUGCCACAAACAGGGAACAAUCACAGUCACAGUUAGUUUUUCAUGUCACAGAUCCAAGUGAAGAUUUUCAGCCUAUUGCAUAACUGUGUUUUAUGAUUUAAUGAUAUGUAGAAUGUUAGAAAUAACAUACUUUGGGACAUUUUUGUGCAUUCAACUUUGUACAAUUUUAUUAGAAUUUAGAAAUGGUGACUGCAAUAGAUUCCAAAAUAAUGAAUUUGUAAAUAUGUUGGAUACUCAUUCUGUUGUUCUCAUUUCAUCUGUCUGUGGUGUGUGGUAUGAUCAGUAGAAAUGAGACACUAGUAGACUUUUUUUCAAUUCCGUCUCUAUUCGUUACUGAUGGAGACACUUAUGUUGGCUAUUCAUAUUUGUUCAAUUGGCAGCAGUCAGUUAUUUUGUUGAAUAAGAUUUUGUCAUUGCCAGUUGUUAGCUUGCAUUUUAGGUUGUUAAAGGUUUUACUGUAAUACUGAGGAGUAAAAGCUGCAAGUGUUUAAAUCUGGUAAUGUGGAAGCAUGGCUUCAAUGGUUGGUACUGACUUGAUAAAAUUUUUCAUUUUAUCUUUACACUUAAGUAUACCAACAAUGGGCCUCAUUUAUUAAGUUUAUUUUCUACACCAAAAGAGAAAUUUUUAGCUUUCGCCGUAUUCUUUUUUGCACGUUUCAUUGUUAGGCGAUGAAACAAUUAGCUUGUGCUAAAGAUGCUAGCGAGUACAUUGUCACAAUACAGAUGUCGCACCUCUUAAUAAAAAGUUCCUCCUGCUCAGGAUUUAUUUCUGGGUCCUCAUCAGGUUUGUUUUUUAUUUACUUAUUUACAUAUGCGAUAAACCAAAAAUUGUCACGGUUGACAAUUCACUCGAUGGUACUGAUGUAUACCGUCAUACCGCCCAGCCCUAAUAAGAAGUAAUCUAAACUUUGCAUUUGACAGACUUGAUGAUGGCAUAGAUUAUUGCAUUUUAUAUCUAUGGCAUCUGUCAGGAAAUAGCAUAUGGUGGCCAUCAUGUGAACAGUCUCGGAUCUGAGCAAAUGUGAAAAGGGACGAAUUGUGAUUGCUAGACAACUGGUGUCAGAGCACCUCCAGAAUAGGUCUUCUAGGGUGUUGUUGGUAUGCAGUUAUUACCUACCAAAAGCUGUCCAAAGAAGAACAACUAGUGAACUAGAAAUAGGGUCAUGGGUCUUCCAAUUUUACAGAGGGCUGUUGUUGCAGAAAUUGUUAAAAAGGUAAUUGCUGGUGUCAGAAAACAGUACAUCACUGCUGGGUUGUGUAGCCACAGCCCGGUACGUGUGCCACUGCUGACCACAACUGACACAAGCAUUUUACAGUGGGCAUGUGAGCAUCAGAACUAGACAAUGGAGCAAUUGAAGAAGGUCUGAUUUAUCAUGCUUUUUUCACGUCAUGUGUACACCAUCUAAUUAAGUAGAGGGAUUUUACACCUCUUCAUGGCACCAGUAUGCUUUAAUGUCAGUAGCCCUUUCCAGUAGAAUUUUGAGCCCUGCCACAUCUUAUACUUUUUUUUUCUGUCAAAAAAAAAAAGUGCUGUUACCUAGGUCAUGAAUUAAAAAACUUUUAUUAUUAAUAUUACUAUUUAAAAAUCUUUUAGUUGAUCUAGAGGUGAGUCACAAAACCUAAUAUUCUCCCUCUAUGCUUUCAUCCAUACAAUUUAUUUUAUGUUCACAGCUCUCUGUGAGAAAUUGUGGUCAUCAUUAAGUGGUGGUUUGCAUGUGCGAGUAUAAAAUAAACCAACCUUUCCAAAACAUGUAAAUCCAGUGUAAACAUUUAGUCUGGUUCUGUUUUUGCAAACUUGGACUUUUUAAUGAGGCCCAUUGAGCUUUUGAAGCAAGGUGGUAUAUUCCAUAUAAGAAAAGUCGUGUGUGUGUGUGUGUGUGUGUGUGUGUGGGUAGUGAGAGAUACCGGUCACCUUCCACAACAGUCCUUUUAUUAUAUUUUGUAAAUAAUUAUGCCUUUUUUAAUCUUCCUCACACUCUGACACAGCAUUUAAAAAUAUUCGGUAAGUGCAUGCACAACAGAAGAAAAAAUGUAAAUUAGGGUGUAAUUUAUAAUCUGUGUGUUGUGAAUGUAGUAAAGUUUGUUUAAUGGAAGUGUUUUGGAAAUUGUGAUCCCAUACUGUACAAAUAAAUACUGUGCCAUUGAAUGUUUUUAGGUUAACUAAAUAUUUAAAUGUUCAGUUAUUCAUUUGCUUAUUAAACCUUAUUAAAAACUUCUGGGAAAAGGCUUUCCACUAGA